UCCUGACUUCCCUGAGCGUGCGUCCGUGCACAGUGAGGAGAUGAACGGGAAGCGGCCCGCGGAUCCUGGCCCAGCGCGGCCAAUGAAGAAGGGAAAGAAGCAGGUGGCGGCGGAGUUUUCGGACGCUGUCACGGAAGAAACAGUGAGGAAGCAGGUGGCUGAAGCCUGGAGCCACCGGACGCCCUUCAGCCAUGAAGCUCUUGUCUUGGACAUGGAUCCUUUUCUUCACUGCGUAAUCCCAAACUUCAUCCAAAGCCAAGACUUCCUGGAAGGACUUCAGAAGGAGCUUUUGAGCCUGGACUUCCAUGAAAAGUACAAUGAUUUGUAUAAGUUCCAGCAGUCUGAUGAUUUGAAGAAGAGCAAAGAGCCUCAUAUCUCAGCUUUAAGGAAACUUAUGUUUGAAGAUUUUCGGGACUGGCUUUCUAAGGUUUCCAACAUUGACCUAGAACCAACCAUUGACAUGUCCUGUGCCAAAUAUGAGUUCACUGAUGCUCUACUCUGCCAUGACGAUGAGCUGGAGGGGCGCCGGAUCGCCUUCAUUCUGUACCUGGUUCCUUCCUGGGACAGGAACUUGGGGGGCACCCUGGACCUUUACGACACUGAUGAACACUUGCAGCCGAAGCAAAUUGUCAAGUCUCUUAUCCCUUCAUGGAACAAACUGGUUUUCUUUGAAGUAUCUCCAGUAUCCUUUCACCAGGUGUCUGAAGUCCUGUCUGAAGAAACAUCACGUUUAUCCAUAAGUGGUUGGUUUCAUGGUCCUCCGUUAACCAGGCCUCCCACCUACUUUGAGCCCCUGAUCCCUCGAAACCCUCAUAUCCCACAAGACCAUGAAAUUUUGUAUGAGUGGAUCAACCCUGCUUAUCUGGAAAUGGAGUACCAAAUGCAAAUCCAAGAAGAAUUCGAGGAGAGGUCUGAAAUCCUCCUGAAGGAGUUUCUUAAGCCCGAGAAAUUUGCCAAGGUCUGUGAAGCCUUGGAGAAAGGAGAUGUGAAAUGGAAUAGCCGUGGUCCCCCAAACAAAAGGUUCUAUGAGAAAGCGGAAGAAAGUAGCCUCCCUGAUGUACUGAAGGAAUGCAUGGGCUUGUUUCGCUCCGAGGCCCUGUUCUUGCUGCUCUCCAACUUCACCGGCCUGAAGCUCCACUUCUUGGCUCCAUCAGAGGAUGAUGAAGUUGAGGACAAAGGAGAGGGGGAAGCAGCGUGUGCUGCUGAUGGCACCGAAGAAGGAACCAGCCAAAGCCCCUCAGCGCCUGAGAACAAUCAGGCAACUGUUGGCAGCUACAGUCCAGAGAGAGGUGAACAGGCAGACUUGGAACCACAGGAAGACGAAGCAAAGAAAGAGUCAGGUGUUCCCAUGUGCCAGGGGGAGCUGAGGCAUUGGAAGACUGGUCACUACACGUUAGUCCACGACAACAGCAAGACUGAAUUUGCCCUGGACCUGUUUCUGUACUGUGGCUGUGAAGGCUGGGAGCCAGAAUAUGGCGGCUUUACUUCCUACAUUGCUAAGGGUGAAGAUGAAGAGCUGCUUAUAGUGAAUCCAGAAAACAAUUCUUUGGCCUUGGUCUACAGAGAUAGAGAAACUCUGAAAUUUGUGAAGCACAUUAACCACCGAAGCCUAGAGCAAAAGAAAACCUUCCCAAGCAGAAGUGGUUUCUGGGACUUCGCCUUCGUCUAUUAUGAGUAACGGGUGGGCAAGGCCAACCAGCAUUCACUUCAUCGUGCUGGGAAACCUGGAGUCCUCCUGGAGUGAAAGCAUGCAGGCUGAGGGUGUCCUCCAAAGGCGCUGUCCUUACUGGCCAUGCUGUGCAUGUAAACUGUACCGCCAACCUUAGGAGGCAGAGGAAGGAGGGGCCUCCAGUUCCAAGGUCAGUGUGGUCUAUACAGUGAGACCCUGUCCCAAAACAAAACAAAUCUUGGUCAUCCUUUUAUGGAACUCAACCUAGACAUCAGCCUCCAGCUAUGUACUUAUCUCUUGUUUUUUUUAACCCCCAUCUCACACACACACACAUACACACACACACACACACACACACACACACACACACGCACACACUCAAUUCUUUUGGUUCUAUAGUGACUGCCUCAGCAACUUCUAAUUUUGGUAACUUUUUAUUUAUUGUGGUAAAAUAUAUGUAACAUAAAAUUUAGCAGGAUAACUUUUAUUUUUUGGUUUGAGGGAUUUGUUUUUGACAAGGUUUUACUGUGUAGCCCAGGCUAGCUCUGAACUACUGACCCUUCCACUUCAGCCUCCAAGUUCUGGUAUCAUAGGCAUGAGCCACCACUCCCACCAGUUCUUGCAUGUACAGGUUGGUGGAAUUGAGCACAUUGGCAGUGCUCCAAAGCAUCCAUCACUGCCAUCCGUAUCCAAAGUGAAAUUCCGUGCCUUGUGAAUAGUCAGCCUCACUCGCUACUGCCUCUUCUCUGUUGACUGUUUGCCUCGUAAGUGAAUCAUAAAAUAUUUAUCCCUUCAUAAUUGGCUUGCUUCACUUAGCACAAAGUCCUCAAGGUUCAACAGUCUUCCCGGUGAUUUUUCUUCACUUCUGUGUGGUUGUGGGAGUAUGUGUAAUCCGGUUCAUGCUGAGUCUGAGAGCUGUGACAGUUUGAGUCAUUGCACUGCUCCCCACUGUGGCCUGAGUCCACCCUGGCUCUCAGGACUGUAGACUCACGUGGGUGGUGUUGCUUCACUGGGAAAGGUCUGGCUGAAAACUGCCAUGGCCCUGGGAAUUAUGUGGCUGAGAACGAGGACAGGCUGCUUACUACCCUAUGUAUUUACUCGCAGGUGUCUACCACAGUGGUUCUCAACCUGGGGGUCUCGGCUCUUUCACAGAGGUCAGAUAUCUGAUAUGCUGCAUAUCGGAUAUUUAUAUGAUUCAUUCCAGUAGCAAAACUACAGUUACGAAGUAGCAACGAAAUAAUUUUAUGGCUGAAGGUCACCAUGAUGAGAGGAACUGUUUUAAAGGUUUGCAGCCUUAGGACAGUUAAGAACCGUCUCAUCUACUGUCUUCCGAACCUCGAGCUGUGGCUUCUGUGAGUCUAGCCUCCCAGUGACCGGGUUCCUUAAAGCUGGCAGGCCGGGUGUAAAUUUUGUUGCCUUUUCCUUCCUUUAAAGACUAGUGCCAGAAAGCCGAGUCAGUCACAGGAAGCCCUCACUCUUCCACUCUUUUUCCUGCUCUGCUCCAUGGGGCUGUGACAGCUCUUCCCACUGUGGCGCACACACGAUGGCUGAACAUGUCCCCACCCACCCCGGGUCCGUCUGCUGCUGUCUCCAUUUCUGUCUGUCCUUGCAGGUUUCAGUGUGGACGAAUAGGAAAAGCACUGGGCCUUUGAAUUUCUCAUCCGCACUUCUCUCUGGUGUCUUCAGACUCCACCCAAGUACCAUCUGUCUGUCAACAUUGAUGGGCUCAGUUUGUUUGCUUUGUUCCAUUAAGUAAAACACUUUUAGCAUCAUAGCCUAAUGGAUACUAACAAGUCUUAGGUGUUCUGAUAUUAAGCAUAAAAAAAGUAAUUUUUAAAUAAUGAGAACAAUAUCCAAACCUAACUUGAGGAGGCAUAAAACUUUAAUCCCAGCUCUUAGGAGGCAGAGGCAGGGAGAUCUGUGAGUUUGAGGGCCCUGCUUCAACAAGAAAGAAAGACUACCCAGAGCGAGUUUGAGGGCUGUCUGCCCAUGUCGGGCAGCAAUGGGCAUUCUCCAUGUGCACUGCUCUGGACUCCAGCAUCAUCAGCCACAGAGUACCGCUCAGGAAGGGCUUCAUAUACUUUGUUGCUAAUGGUGAAUUUUGAAGCCUGCACUUUCUGAAUCGCUGCAGACUAAAGGCAGGCAUUCCCUCCUCCCCAUUUGGGGUUCUGGGACUCAGAUCCAGACUUGCUGUUAUACCUCCAGUCAUUCUUGCUUUCUUCUUCCUUGUUUUGUUUGAUUUUUCCGAGACAGGUACUCACAUUGCAGGCCAGGCUGACCUUUAACUCAAGGCCCUCCUGCCUCGGGCUCCUCCAUGGCAGGGUUACAGCUACUGCAUCUCCUCCCUUGGUUUCUGAUGUGUCCUCAUGAGUUGAACUUAGCUAACAUUUUGUUUGUGGAUUAACUCCACGAAGACCCAGGGAAAGUGCUAAAGAAAGUAUCCUAUGAGCCAAAGCAUAUACCUCUUAGCACCACCCAGCUUGUCCAGUUCUGGAGACCUGUGAACCCUUUAUCCCCAUCUGCGUACGCUCUGCCACAGCAGGACCUUUACAAGACUGGGCUGAAAUGCCCGGACUGAAAGAACCCCGGAGGGUCUUUCUGUCUCUGCUGAGAACCUGCAGAUUGCUUUUCUGCUCUGAUGACAGUUGCUUUUUGUCAUCUGUCACGUGCCACAUUAUUGAUGCUUCAGUGAGAUAAAUGACAUAUGACAGUGAGCCAACCCAUAAGUCUACAGUGAAGCUGAAAGAUUCCUAUACACCAAAUCGCUCAUGGUCAUGGUGACAACAGGCCACCUGUGCUGCCGCUGCAUGAGAGUACAGCGCAUGCAGCUGUGCACAGAAUAGCUGCUGCAGGCCGCCGUUUGUGUGUUCAUUACAUACUACCUGCUCAGAGUGCACUGCUAAGGCGUUAACUCCCAUGUGGAUGCAGGGAAGUCCCUCCCGAGGUACUCCAGAGGAAGGGUGGCUAUGGGGGCUGGCGUUUCUGUGCAUGUUACUGCCCUCUGAAGAUCAUAGUACAACAGAACACGGGGGAAGGCAGUGAUGAAGAUGACAGUCAUAAGUGUGUGUGUGAGCCUGAGCCAGUGUGUGUGUGUCUUAGUUUUUAAUAAAAAUUUCAGAAAGUUUUUUUAAAAAUUGAAAAUAACUUGGAGGAAAUAUUUUUGUACAGUUAUACAAUGUAAAGUGUUAUAAGUCAGUUAUAAAACUUACAGUUUAAAGAAGUUCUAUUCUGUAAGCUAAGGCUAUUGGACACAGAGUAUUUUUAACGUGUUCCACAGGUUGGGAGCCUGAAAGCUCCCGCUUGUCUGUCCAGGUACACUGUUGGGUUUGCAUAAUGAACCUGCCUCAGCUCAUGACUCUGCUUCAUUCCUGAUCCUACUCGACUGCUGCUUUGGGCAUGGGGCAAGAGUCAAAUGCAGAUUCUUAAUACCUCUUCUUGGUAAAAGCUAUGCUACUUUCUGUGUGACCAAUAAAUGGCAUGUUUCGGUUUGUC